GCGGUGCGUGUGGACGAGCAGCGAGCCUUUCCCUGAAUAACUGUCACAAAUAAAACCACACAGUAUUCUCGCCUCACUCUAUUCUGGCCUAAUGAAGGAGCUUCGCCCUGACUGAUCUGGGGAGAUGGGAAUACUAAGCAUAACAGACCAGACACCCCUGGUCCAGGCAAUAUUCAGCCGAAAUGCAGAAGAGGUGAAGUUUUUGUUGCACAAGAAAGAUGACGUUAAUGCACUGGACCAAGAACGCCGUACCCCUUUGCAUGCUGCUGCUUGUUUGGGUGAUGUCCGCAUCAUGGACCUCCUCAUCAAAUCAGGUGCUAGUGUUAAUGCUAAGGACCAAGGGUGGCUGACCCCGCUGCAUCGGGCAGCUGCCUCAAGGAAUGAAAGGGCAGUAGGAUUGCUGCUAAGACAGGGCGCUGAGGUCAACGUGCGGGACAGGCUCUGGCAGACGCCGCUGCAUGUGGCUGCUGCUAAUCGGGCCAUAAGAUGUGCCGAGGCUCUCCUGCCCCUGUUGAGCAGCCUCAAUGUUGCAGACCGGAAUGGUAGAACAGCCUUGCACCAUGCAGCCUACAGUGGACACACAGAGAUGGUGACCUUGCUCCUGAACAAAGGGGCCAACCUGAGUGCCAGUGACAAAAAGGACCGGCAGGCUAUCCACUGGGCCGCUUACCUUGGGCAUUUGGAGAUCGUGAAGCUCCUGGUGUCUCGCAAUGCUGAUGUGGCGUGUAGGGAUAAGCGGGGUUACACCCCGCUGCAUGUAGCUGCUAUUAAUGGGCACAUCGACGUGGUCAAGUACCUUCUCCGACUGGGAGCUGAGAUUGAUGAACCAAAUGCCUUUGGGAACACUUCUCUCCACAUGGCCUGUUACAACGGGCAGGAGGCUGUAGCCAAUGAGCUGGUGAACCGCGGGGCCAACGUUAACCAGCCCAACUUACGAGGCUGCACCCCCCUGCACCUGGCUGCUGUUUCCACCAAUGGGGCCCUUUGUCUUGAGCUGCUAGUCAACAAUGGUGCCGACGUCAACAUGCAGAGUAAAGAGGGGAAGAGCCCUUUGCACAUGGCCGCCAUUCAUGGGCGCUUCACCCGUUCCCAGAUCCUUAUUCAAAAUGGUGGGGAGAUAGACUGUGUUGAUAAAUAUGGCAAUACUCCUCUUCAUAUUGCUGCUAAGCAUGGCCACGAGCUGCUCAUCAGCACUCUGAUGACUAACGGUGCUGAUACAGCCAGGCAAGGGAUUCAUGGGAUGUUUCCAUUGCACUUGGCGGUGCUCUACGGGUUUUCAGACUGUUGUCGAAAGUUACUCUCCUCAGGUCAGCUGUACAGCAUUGUAUCGUCUUUGAGUAAUGAACAUGUGCUGUCUGCUGGGUUUGAUAUAAACACCCCAGAUAGCCUGGGGAGGACUUGCCUACACGCCGCCGCCUCUGGAGGAAAUGUGGAAUGUCUUAACUUGCUGUUGAGCAGUGGUGCUGACUUGACAAAAAAGGAUAAAUUGGGAAGGGCUCCUCUGCACUAUGCAGCAGCGAAUGGUACAUACCAGUGCACGGUAGCCCUAAUGAGUGCUGGAGCCGAGGUCAAUGGGCUGGAUCUGAAAGGGUGCAGCCCUCUUCACUACGCAGCUGCUUCUCAGACCUUCCGCAGAGUUGACUGCUACAACUUUGGAAACCACCAGAGUGAAGAGCGAGAUAAAGAGGCUCUGUUGUGUUUGGAGUAUCUGCUUGAUAACGGGGCUGAGCCAGGUCUACGCAACAACAAAGGAUUCAGUCCUGUGCACUAUGCAGCUGCCUAUGGCAACAAGCAGAACCUGGAACUGCUCUUAGAAAUGUCUUUCAACUGUUUGGGAGAUGUGGAAAGCAGUUUUCCUGUAAGCCCUUUGCACUUAGCUGCGUAUAAUGGUCACUGUGAAGCCCUGCGGGUGCUGUCGGAGACGUUGGUGAGUCUGGAUGUGCGGGACAGUGGUGGCCGAACAGCGCUUUACCUGGCUGCCCUAAAAGGCCAUGCGUCCUGUGUGGAGGUGCUUCUGGCUCAUGGAGCCUCCUGCAUUCUGAAGGAGCGCAGACGCAAGUGGACGCCUCUUCAUGUAGCAGCUGCCAGUGGCCAAACAGACUGCUUGUAUAUGUUGAUGAGCCGAGCUGAGAAAGCGGACCUCAUUGACCUCGCAGAUGUACAGGGACAGACUCCGCUAAUGUUGGCCACUCUGGGCAGUCACGUGGAUUGUGUCCACAUGCUUCUUGAGAGAGGGAGUAAGCCUGAUACAGGGGACAAAUGGAGCCGCACUGCACUUCACAGAGCUGCGGUGAUGGGCAGUGAGGACUGCGUGUCAGCUCUGCUGGAACAUGGAGCUUCGGCACACUGCAGGGAUGUGCGUGGCAGGAGCCCUCUGCACUUGGCCGCCUCCUGUGGCCACGCAGAGCUACUGCGACUGCUGCUACAGGCAGCCGCCCAGUCAGACCCUCUGGACUCUCUACUGGAUUACAGUGGCUACACACCUGCUCACUGGGCAGCCUACCACGGGCACAAGGACUGUUUGGAAGUUUUACUUGAACAUAAACCGUUAAGUAUCCAGGAAGGAAAUCCCUUCACUCCACUGCACUGUGCACUAAUGACUGGCCAUGAUGCUGCUGCUGAGCUGUUGGUGGAAACGAUGGGCACCGAGAUUAUCAACCUCAGAGAUGCCAAAGGAAGGACCCCACUGCAUGCAGCUGCUCAUGCAGAGAAGGUUUCUGGGUUGCAGCUGGCUUUGGUCUGGGGGUCUGAGGUAAACUCGGUUGAUUAUUCAGGACGAUCAGCACUGAUGGUGGCUGCUGAGAAUGGGCAGACCUCUGCUGUUGAGAUCUUACUGCAUCAGGCCAAAGCAGACCUGUCACUGCUGGACAUCAACAACAAUACAGCACUACACUUGGCGUGUAGCAGAAGUCAUGAGAUGUGUGCCCUGCUGAUUCUGGCUGAGAUUGAUGACCUUUCCCUCAUCAAUGCAACAAACAAUGCUCUCCAAAUGCCUCUUCAUAUUGCGGCGCGAAAUGGCCUGGCCACUGUGGUGGAGGUGCUCUUAAGUCGAGGUGCCACAGUUCUGGCUGUAGAUGAGGAAGGUCACACCCCGGCUUUGGCGUGUGCGCCAAAUAAAGAUGUGGCAGACUGCCUGGCCCUCAUCCUCUCCACCAUGAAGCCUUUUCCUCCCAAAGACCCCACUUCUGGUACCAGUUACAGCCUCAAUCUGUUAAAGCACUGUGGCAUCAUUGCCACUCAUCACCCCCUGCCCAAUGGCAGCCUACGGCACAGCUAUUCCAAGGAACGUCACGGCACUGUAGGGCUGGACAGCUGCCUCACCGAGUGAGAAGUACACCCUCUUAACAUGCACGCACCCUCAGCAGACCACCCCCCACCUCCAUAUGCUGAUUCCCCUUUUCCUUAAUGUCCAACUAUAACACCUGUAUAACCCACCCACACUAUUAUAAGGGCAGGAAUGUACUACUUCGUGCGUGUGAAUGUGUGCACACGCAUGCAUACGUGUUACGUCGAGUUCCUCUUAACUGUGCAGUCAAACUUGUUGUAUAUGCAAUUAUUAACCCCUCUCCGUUUCAGCCCCUGAAAGUCCCCGCAUUCUCUUAGAUAUAUCCGUUCUGGUGAUCACAAGCAACUGUAGCUGGUCUUACAUAGGUUUGACUGUACACAGAGCUAUUUAUUUCCAGGCAAAACCCGUCUCAGCAAUAGCAAAUCCCAGAUUUCUACUGUUGAGAAAAUUAGGGGUUGUCUGCACGUUACUACAAAUAGAACACCUUAAUGACCGUGUUUGUUUUUGGUUUUGUUUUUUGUUUCUCAAAUAAUUUUCUGGAUAAUUCCAGAUGUCUUAGUGUUGUGCCUGUGCUGUUCAGACCAUGCUAGUACCCCCCCUUUUCUUAUUCUACAUCCUUCUCUUGACCCCUUACUCUCCCUCCUUUUCUUUAAGAAAACAGUUCUGCUCAACAAAAACGAUCUUUUGUAUGAAAUGAGAGGAAGACGUCAAAGCACACAUACUACGUUGCUAUUAUAAAUUAAUUUCAGACGAUCUCAUUCAUUUGUUACGAUCGAAACUGUUUGCUGAAUGCCAAGGUUUGCACAUGUUUUGUUUCCUCCAUCAGAAAACAGUUUUGAAGUGAGGUUUCAUGAUAGCUGCUAAUGAUAAAGCUGCCUUCUCUUCAUUCUGAUGUGCGGGUCUUUUUAAUUCCUGUGUUUCUUUUUUUAUGAGAGCAAUAACCGUACCAGUUGUCACAGCAUACCUCACGCUUGCUUUGAAUUUCUAAACGUUGUUUGUUCAGAAAUAAUUUAACCUUUGCACAUGAAAGCAAUUAGGCCUUCAUUAACAAGCGCCUGCUUUAAUCAAAAAUGGCAAAUGACUAUAGUCUGUGUACUGAUGUUUCUCAAAAACACCCUCAUUUUCAAUGAUAAUGUCUCUUGAGCACUCAAAUACAUGGAUAUUCUGUGUGUAGUUUUGGUGCAGCUCUGAGAAUAACCACGAAAGCUGCUUGUCUGUGGCCAGUAAUUCAUAGCAAGUGAAAAUAUUGAAGGAGGAAUUAACAACUUUACAAGUAAAACUUUUUUUUUUUUCCUUCUUGAAAAUAGAAACCAGGAGGAAAAUCAAGUGUUCUUGGGCCAGUUGUGCCUGCACAGAAAGGUCUGAAGCCUAGAUGUCAAUGACAUAGGUGAGCCAGCAACCGGAAGGUUGUGGGUUUAAAUCCCAGUGCUGCUCCUAGACUGGCAUCAAAAUAACACAUUUCCCUUGAAUGAUCAACAAGGUAUAAGCAUAAUCUUUCACAAAACAUCAGCUUUGUUUAGAUUUAAUUAGCUGUACGCCAGUCGUUAUAGAUCGGAUGACUAGUGGAUUCAGCCCAGCGUAUUAAAAUAGGACAUAAUUUUAUUACAAAUCGUUCAUUUUUUUCCCUUUUACAUAAUAUGAUAUAAUUGAUAAUGUAAUUAUAAUAUAAUAAUGACAUGCAUACAUGACACAUAAUACAACUUCCAGGUGAUGCAUCUCAACAUCAAAUUUGUAUACAGUACUGUGCAAAAGUCUUAGUUUGUCUGAAAAAAUGCUACAUAAAGCUGUCUAUCUGGGCUUUUACCAUUAGAAUAACUUCAAUGAAGCCCAGUAUUUGCAGUCACCAUCCAAUACCAAGUAUAUCUCAUCAAUAACUUCACUAAAUUAAAUCCGGUGCUGCUGAUGUAACUGAACAAAUCCAUGCCAUGGCUGGAGUGCAGAAGAACCAAACCUGUGCUCUUUCCAUAUUAAUAAUCUUAAACACUUCUCGUUUUGGUUGUUUUACUGCAUUUAUGUUUACUUGUAUUUAUUCUAAUGUUACUGGAAAAAGGACACUUACUGCUCAGAUAGUGCUCAGAUAAAAAGUUUUCACGGCUUUUGCAUAGUGCUGUAAAUCCCAAGUAAUAUAUCGCUGUUGUCGGAAGAAAACCUUGUAUCUCCAAAAUGAUACUUUACAGGAGAAAAAAACAUUUUUAAUGUAAGUCAAUGGAACCAGACUUUUCAAGUCUUUUUGGGACAUUUAUUUUGGUCCAUUCAUCAUGAAAUUUACACACAAUGUGAAGGGCAACACACAUUUUUAAAUAAUGUCAAAAACUGGAAAAUGACAAAAAUGGAGAUUUUCCUUCCGACAGCAGCGUUAUUUUACUGUACACUUCAGGCUGUUGCAUCAUUAUAGCAUGGCAUCAUGAGGGGAAUCCCACUGUUUGGACCUGCAUCACUCAUAAACCAGUCGGAGAAUAAACUGAUUUACUUUUAUGUGAAAUUAUUUUGUGGUUACACUUUUAUAAUUUAAUCUUGCUAAUGUAAAUGUACAGUACUUGUUUGAGGAAAACUUGAUAUAACAUCUUUUAUUUGUGUCCCAAAACUUUGUGUAGCUCACUUUAAUUCAAUAAUGUGGUGCGGCAGAUCCAGGAACCCUCCUCUAGGUCUGUUUAGAGAAAUGUCAUUUCAGAUAAGGCUAGUGUAGAGGGGAGGGGAAAGUGGUAAUGCCUUUAAUUUUUUUUUAUUUUUAUUAUUUUUUUCUUCAUCGUUCUUUUAAUUGACAAUCAGUAUUUUAAGGGCUUUUAAUUACACAAAAGCUUUAAGUAUGCAUAUAUUAAUGAACGUUCUUUCUCCUAAAGAUAAUUAGUCCUCUCAUGUGGUUUAGUGUGUGUGCUUUGGCUUUCCUCUCAUGUACAAUGUUCCCACAAAAUACUUACACUCAUUUUACAAGGGCUUCUUAAGGACCCCACCGACUUUUUCUUUACUUUUUUCUUUUUCUUUUUCCAAAAUAAGUGGCUUCUCUUUAGUAUCUUGUAGGAACAUUUUGUUUUCUACUUGUGUGUGUCAGAUCAUUAUACCUCAUGAUAGGAAUAUACACAAAAAUUGUCAUCAGUACUGAUUGAUUGGUUUCUCAUCUGUUUUUAUAUGUAUCGAUUUUGAUUUGCUGAGGGCUCUCCAACUAACAAAAAAAAAGCAGGGCCAGCCAAUUUUGGAGAGGUGCUUGAUAGGAAAAACAAACAAAUUGCAUAUAUUGCACCCUUUGUGGCCAGUACUGGUCGUCUGCUACAUCUUGAUGAAAAUGAGUCAGUAUCCUUUACUCUUUGUAGGUGUAGGCGACUCCGCUGUCACUGCUGUUCCUCAUAUUUGCGCUAAAAGAUGAUUGUAUUAAUCUACCUAAAUGACAUUUUUUCAUAAGCCUUUUUAUAUGAUGUCAGAGUAGGGGUCAAACUCAUGUUGAAAAAGCCAUUCAGUGACAUUAUGAUUUAAGCAGUUGGAAAAGGAGAUAUUUAUUGCAGCUGUUAAUUU